AUGGUGAUAUUUAAUACAAAUAACUUAGCUACUGCUGAUUUACAGUCAAAUAAACAGUUAAAUUCAAUUCAACGUCAACAAUAUUCUACUCGACAGUCAAAAGUAUUAACAAUGAAAACUAUAAAUUUAUUAUAUACAGAAUUAAAUCAACCAUCAAUAAAUAAUAAUCAUCAACAUAAAAUAAAACAAAAUCUUCAUCGACAAUUACCAAUUUCAAUUCGUCGUCAUUAUCCUAAGUUAGAAAAUCUAUUCCUUCAUCAGCAACCGUCAGAUGUUAAUGGUGUUUUUGGAAAUCAAUUGCAACCAACUCUUCCAUCUCAGUCUACGUUUCGAAAUAAAUCCUCUCGAAGAUUUUCAUUAAAUCAAAAAUCAUUAAAUUAUUCAAAAACUAUUAGUGAAAGUACAAUCAAACAUAAUACAUAUAAUACAAAAUUAUUACAUCCUCUUCAAAUACCUAUAUGGACACCAGUAUUACAAGAGAAGGAAAUCACUCAUACUAGAAUAUUACGUUCAAAAACUCAUUUAUUAAAACAUUCUAGUAAUCAUAAUCAUCAAUUAAAACAAGGAAAAAUUAAUUUAAAUGGAAAACAAAUUUCUAUUCCCGAGUUAUAUAUUACAUCAAGAUCGACAAAUCAUCAUUUAGAAAUACUUAACAAAACAAAUAUUAAAGAUUUAAUUGAUGAAUGUAAAUGGGACGAUCCUGAAUCAAGCAUUGCUGUUCUAUCAGACAGUGCAGAAUCAGUCACCGUCCAUUGUGAUAGCCCAAUGUCCAUUCAAAAUCCUCAAAUCAAUAUUCAAAAAUUUGAUUCGACUUUAAUAUCAGAUCAACAAUCAUUGUCCUCUAGUUCAUCUAAUGAUAAUUCUGAAUUGAAACCAGUAAAAAUAAUGAAUCUACGACCAUAUCCAUAUAUUACUCCUUUACCACCAGUUGUUGAACAUGCUAAUGAUGAAGAAAUAUAUAAUGAUACUUGUUAA